AUACAGCUCGAGCGCUUCUGGGUGACUCAGUCAUAGUAAGAGGCGCUCUUUUGCUGCUUUCGCGCGCUGGGAAUAUAACCUUUUCGGAAAAAUAACAUAUCUACUCAACGCAACUGUACUGCGACUUUAUGUUUGCAUAAUACAAGGCUUCGCUCUCCCGAACUACGAACACGUUGAACGUGAGAAAACGAUGGACACUGGGAUAUCACUCUGGGCCACCAUACUCAUCAGCUACAACUAAGCAUCCGACAGUGCCUCAUCACAAGAUCUUGGGGUUUUGAUUGAUUGGAGCAAAAGGACGUUUUGCUGAGUUGUGUAAAAUUGAGGUGGGGGGGUUGACCCCCAGGCCCUUCAGCAGCACAGCUGGCCCCAAACACCCUUGCUCUGUCCCCUCGGAAUUCUCCUGUGGUUGCUCGAAGGAACUGAAGAUUCUGCCAGUCAGCCGUCUUUACUGACCAAACAAGUGAGUAGACUGUGGUGCCGUCGUUGCUGCUGGUCAUGCACUUUUGGUGAGGCUUGGGAACUCCUGCCAACAUGAGGCUGGUAACCGGGUCGCCUCGGCCCCUUCUGGUGGCACUACUGGCUCUCUCCCUCGCUGCCGUAUUACCUCAGCUGUCCUGGGGAGCCACGCCCUUCCCCCAGGACUUGGAACCAAUCAGCAUCGUGGGGAGAGAGUACUCCUACUUAUACCCCAGCUUUCAAGGCCUAAUGUCGGACAAUGACACCGUACGACUGGGCUUGGAUUUCCAAAGGAUGCUCCGGAUCAACCACAUGCUUUAUAUUGCAGCCAGGGACAAUGUUUUUGCUAUCAAUCUCGCCACAUCCUCUGAGAAUCUUAUCCCACAACAGAAAUUGACUUGGAAGACAAAGGAUGUGGAGAAAUGCACAGUGAGGGGGAAAAACAGCGAUGAGUGCUACAACUACAUCAAAGUGUUGGUGCCGCGCAAUGACGAGACUCUGUUUGCUUGCGGAACCAACGCCUUCAACCCCACCUGCCGCAACUACAAGAUGUCAACACUGGAGCAGGAUGGGGAGGAGGUGGUGGGCCAGGCACGUUGUCCAUUUGAGUCACGCCAGUCAAACGUAGGCCUCUUUGCCGGUGGAGAUUUCUAUUCAGCCACCAUGACGGACUUUUUGGCCAGUGAUGCUGUGAUUUACCGUAGUCUUGGAGAAAGCAGUCCGGUGCUUCGUACUGUGAAGUAUGACUCCAAAUGGCUUCGAGAGCCACAUUUUCUCCAUGCCAUUGAGUAUGGGAACUAUGUGUACUUCUUCUUCAGCGAGAUAGCCGUAGAGUACACCACGCUUGGCAAGGUUGUGUUCUCCAGAGUGGCCCGUGUUUGUAAGAACGACAACGGAGGUUCUCCACGGGUUCUCGAACGUUACUGGACCUCUUUUCUAAAAGCGCGGCUCAACUGCUCGGUUCCGGGUGAUUCCUUCUUCUACUUUGACGUUCUCCAGUCACUGACUAACGUGCUACAGAUCAACCAUCGUCCAGCCGUGCUGGGGGUCUUUACCACUCAAGCCAACAGUAUCACUGGCUCAGCCGUGUGUGCCUUCUACAUGGAUGACAUUGAGAAGUCCUUCAGUGGGAAGUUUAAGGAGCAGAGGACCAGCGAGUCGGCCUGGACGCCCGUGCCUGAGGAGCAGGUGCCCAUGCCCCGGCCAGGCUGCUGUGCAGGUGACGGAUCUGCUGCAGCUUACAAGUCCUCUACCACCUUUCCUGAUGACACGUUGACCUUCAUCAAGUCCUAUCCCCUCAUGGAUGAGGCUGUGCCCUCUGUCAACGAUCGUCCCUGCUUCACCCGCACCACCAGCAGGUUCAAGUUGACCCAGAUAGCUGUGGAUACAUCUGCAGGGCCCUACAAGAAUCACACAGUUGUAUUUCUGGGGUCGGAGAAUGGCCGGGUGCUGAAGAUCUUGGCCAGCACCCAUUCCAACGCGUCCUUCGGCACACAGCUACUGGAGGAUGUUGAUGUCUAUAAUCCCACCAAGUGUAACAUUCGUGGCGAGGACAGACGAGUCCUGGGAUUGGAGCUCGACAGGGAUCACCACGCCCUGUUUGUGGCCUUCUCCGGCUGUGUGAUCCGCGUGCCUCUCAGUCGCUGCUCCGACUACGGCUCCUGCAAGACGAGCUGUCUGUCCUCACGGGACCCCUACUGUGUGUGGAUGAGGUCAUCAGGGACCUGUGUUAUGGUGGCACCCGGACUAAAGGCCGGAUUUGAACAGGAUGUGGAAAACAUCUUCCCUCAGUACCCAGAUAGCUGCCAUGACGUCUUGGCGACUACACGCAAGCAAAACACAGCUGCUGAUUCAGCAUUUGGAAAGACCACACCCACAAGUGCCAGCACAACCUAUCAGGGGUCGACUUUCCCAAAGGAGACAGGUGGCCCUGAGGGAGGCACUGGUCCUGAUGGCAGUCCUCCAGUAGGCGACCAUGGGUCACCUGACUCGGAGCCAAUCAGUGUGGAGAUGGAGGGUGUCCGGCGACCCCCGGAGAUUGAGAAGACCAAUCACAGUGUUCACUACACCCUCUUAAUCGCCUGUGUGAUGGUAGCCUUUGUCCUCGGCGCAUUCCUCUCUGGCUUCCUGGUCUCUUGUUACUGCAACCACACAGGCCACAAGUCCAAGAGGCUAGCAAAGGACCCUGAGGCACCGAUCCCCCAUGCCCUGUCCCUUCGUAGUCUGGCCAAGCUCAACGGCCUCCUGGACAGUCAGAACAAGGAGGACAAAUUAGAGGUCUCUUCACCCAAGCUCUACAACUCCUUUUUCCCCAACGGCAAAGAGCACCACCAACAUAGAAGGAAUGGACAUCACAGCGGGGUUACCAUGGGAGACCUAGUCCACCCCCAUCACCUACACCACUCCUCAGAGCUUUCAGGUCUGCCUACCCCGGACUCCACCCCAGAGCUACCCAUUAAGAGCAUGAAGGCCUUCAAGAACCAGUGGGAGAAGAACCAGAACUGCAACAAUGCCAAGGAGCCAAAGUCCCACAAUAUGGGGUUGAGCUCCAGGCCCAGCUCAGCCAUGCUCCAUCAGCAGGUUUUCCCCUACUCUCAUGGCUUGUCCAACGGCCAAGCCCUGGUCACUGGUCCCCUGCACCUGGAAGAGCGUAAGAUCCAUAACACGGAGCGCAUCCUUGCUCAACAGCCGUAUCCCUGCUACUCCCAGAAGGUCAUGGAGGUCACCUCAUUGGACGAGCUGCUCAAGCAUAUUCACGAAGCCAGUGCCAGCAAGAACGGCCAAGUCAUGACUGCAUCUGGACUGUCAGCCAGCAUCAGUGGAGGUCAGCUAGCCUUCGCUAACCGCGUCCAGCCGCAUAUCCCAGAGACGGAAUCGGCGCCAUACUACAGCUCUUCUACCCUGCCUAGAGACAGCCUUACCCGCCGAAUGGACGUGCCUCCAGACAUACCAUUGCACCACCAGUCCACCUUAGAGCGAAGGCACUCCUCACAGAGGCACUCACUUAUCGCCGCUGCCACUAAGAUAUCCAAUGGAGGAGGAGGGAUGGUGCCCAGGCAGCACAGCUUCAGCCAACGUAACUGCGGAGGCCAUCCGCCACCUCCCCUUCUGGCCCGGAUGAACUCGACAGGCAGUGCCUGCGAGGUCCACUACCCACUCAUCCCCAACGGCUACUUAACACGGCAACACAGUUACAACAGCGAUCAACAGGAGGUCCUCCACCGUGGAGCUAUCGUCCGCCGGACCGCCUCCCUUAAACCCGAUGUCCCACCAAAACCCCUCUUCAUCCCAGCCACCUCACCAGUCAAUCAACAAGGAAAAUUCAACUACUGAGGAGAGGAGAAUGGAGAAGGGGAUCUGGACUAGAGAGGGACUGUGCCUCAUCUUAUCCCUAAAGUACAAGGCUGAGGGUGAAGGGUUACAAACAUCGUCCUGGAUUACAUGACAGCCAUUGCUGCUGUCCAAACCUCAACCAAACUUUUUUGUUGCCCUUUUUGUCCAAUUAAUAUCUUUGUACCAUAUUGGUAUUGCACUGCUACUUGCCUAUCAGACAGUGAAAGGACUCUGGUAGCUGAAGUGAUCACUUUAUAUUAGGCUGCCAAUGUCCUCAGUGCGGAUUUAAAAGUGUUCAUGGGUGGGGCUGGCAUCAGAGACAUUAGGUAAUGUUUGGACAUCUUAAAGACUUUCAAACUAGAACCUCUUGCAAUUCCCAUGACAAUUGCUUUUGCUGACCUUUUCUGAUGUAAUUUUGGCAACCAAACCUGAUCCCCGAAUGUGUUUAUAUAAAUAUAUGCAUGUGUGUGUGUGUAUAUAUGUGUGUUCAUAUCUACACCGUAUACGUAUACAUAUACAUAUGCAGUAUAUGUAACCUGGGGAUGAAAAAUGUCUCCUUUUAGGCCUUACUUUGAAAGUAAAUAUCCUUUUUUCAGUAUCUAACCCCUUGUUGUUUGACAUCUAAAAUAGUGAUGCAAUAUCCUGCUGGAUACCAUAUGUUGAUUAUACAGUAUAUUAACACAUCUGUAGUGAAUUUGACCACUUAAAUGAUGACCAACUGGUGAAUUGUGUCAAAAAGGAAAGUUCCAAGGCAACAAUAUUGAGCGUGAAUACUUACCAUGUUUUGUUGGAAAUGAAGAAAUGGUGGCCACAACAAUUGCACAGGUCCGUUCAGUGAUGUUCCUCUCAUGUUGGUGCUUUACGAAUAGUUAAUUCACCCCUUUAGGACCCAAAGACAACCAGACAGAAGCCCCAUCAGUUAGAAAUCUGACCAUCUGGGAAAAACUCUCAUUGUAUGGACUGUGAUUACUAUAACUAUUAACUUUGUGGCUAUUGGUUGUAAAUAAAGGAAUAAUACUAGCCACAUUUUAAUUGUAUGUGUAAAUGUGUGCCUUAUUUAAAUAGUAUAUAUGUGAUAUGGGGGUAGUGAAAAUGCAAGGAGCUAUGAUACUAUUAUACUAGGUGUUCAAUUUUUUAUGGUUGUAUGUGUCAUUGCUAUUGUAGAUUUGUAUUUCUAUCCAGGAGUUUUUGACAUCUCUGAACUGUGAGCCUGUCAUAUUUUCAGAACAACUAUCCCAGCUGAGGCAACUCAUUCUUAGUUUGCCUCCUUUUUAUGUCUGGCACCCUGGAUUUCAUGAUCUGUACAUUUUAAUUGUUCACACAUUAAGUAUUCAAUAGAUUCAUGAGAGAAGAUCUCUUGAACCAUACCCUAUGGUACUCAAACAUAUCAAUUGAUUUCCCCUUUUAACCCUGCAGGGGACAAAGACUAGUCAUGAAUAAGUCAUUCAGACCUGUUCUGGAGUUGUGACAUUUGUUUAUGGAGAAAUGAACUGAACUCUCUGAGUCGAUGAGCUUGGACAUGGAGAGACGUUCCUCAGAGUAGCACUCCUUAGAGCAUUUGGAAGAGACGCCCAGGCCUCCGGGUUUUGCAAGUGUCUGAUGAGAUUUAUCCUCAAGGAGAAAGGAAGCAGUUGGACCAGCCUUAGAUGUGUCACUCCCUCUGGAACUGUCUAUACUUGUACUUUCUGGCAGUUAUUCUUAGAAUGGGUUACUGGAAUAAUGGUGCAAAACAAAAAGCUACUGUUGCUAAAUCUGAAAAUUGUAUUGUUAGCAUUACAUAUGUUUUAUAAUACAUACGCUUAAGGUACCUGGAAUUGGUCUGACCCAAAGUUUACUGUUCACACUUGAAUGCAUAUCUAGCAGAAUAAAACAAAAACCUACAUAAUGUUACAAACUCAUUUUAGACAAUGUUCUGUGCUGUUAGCCAAAUAGUUAUUUAGGUAUAACAUGCGCAUGUUCAAGUUUCCAAAUGUGAUUAUGUAUGGAAGCUCCCAUUAAACAUUUGGAUUUGUUUUGAAUGUGACCAUGUCUCAUUAGAGGAAGGGGGCAGCUACGGUUUCACACCAGUUCUUGGUGAGUUAAAGUGUAGUUUCUAAGCUUGCAUUGAGAUUGUAUGGCAAAGGGAAUAAUUUCUCUACUAGCUAUGAGUAUUUGAAUUAUCUAAACUUGCACAGAGUGUAAAUACAUUAUUGGGACGGGGUAUCAUUGUUUCAGUUUUAUGUAUUUUUGUUGAUUUGGGGCUACAUAUCUUGAGCUAUUAUGAAUUUGGUCGAAAAUAAUACCAUUGUAUGUCUCUUAUAAUAGAAAUAAAUAAAAAGUUCAGUCCAGU